UUGAGAAAUGAAAGUUACAAAGUUCAAACUUCAAAUAAACAAACUACAGAAACACUCGAGAGUCCAUUAAAACUUUUGUUAAAUUCUACAUUUGAUAAUUUGCAUGUUACAGUUCAUUUAGUAUACAAAUUGUUAUCUUACAAUUUUGAAAAGUCAUGGCUUUACGAGGUGUAAAAGUUGUGGAAAUGAUUGGACUUGCACCAGGACCAGUUUGUGGUACUAUUUUAGCCGAUUUUGGGGCUACAGUAACAGUAAUCCAUAAACUACAACCUGCCCCUUUUGAUGUUAUGUGUAAUGGUAAGAAAAUGUUAUCUGUCAACUUAAAAUCUAAGGAAGGAGUAGAAGUUGUAAGGAAACUAUGUUCCUCGUCAGAUGUUCUCAUUGAUACCUAUCGCCCAGGAGUUUUGGAAAAAAUUGGGCUAGGUCCAGAAACUUUAAUGAAAGAAAACAAACAAUUAAUAUAUUCAAGGAUAUCUGGAUAUGGCCAAGAUGGAUAUUAUCGAAAUAACCCAGGACAUGAUAUUAAUUAUGCAUCUAUUUCAGGCAUACUUUCAAUGUUUCGUAGAGGUGACCAACCUCCAGUUCCGCCGAUGAAUAUUUUAGCAGAUUUUGCAGGUGGAAGUUUUUUAACCGCACUUGGAAUAGUAAUAGCCUUGUAUGAAAGAACUAUAUCCGGCAAAGGCCAGGUAAUUGAUGCAAGUAUGACUGAAGGUUUGGCAUAUGUGGGUAAUUGGCUAUUCAGAGCAAGAAGUUUACCUUUCUUGGAUCAAGAACCAGGAAAGAAUGUUCUUGAUGGUGGAAUGUCAUUUUACAGAACAUAUAAGACUAAAGAUGGAUAUUUUAUGGCCGUUGGUUCUCUGGAACCUCAGUUUUAUAUGAAUUUACUCAAAGGCUUGGAACUGUCAGAAGAUAUUUAUCAUCAAUUGGCUGAUCAAGAUAUGUGUAAUCAAAAAUUUGAAGAGGUCUUUCUUACAAAGACACAGGAAGAAUGGAUUGAAAUAUUUGAUCAACUAGAAGCAUGUGUUACACCUGUUGUGAACUUUAAUGAAGCUAACAGAAACAAAUGUAACGCUUCAAAAAAUUCAUUUUAUAUUGAUCACAACAAUUUAGUGGCACCAGAGCCCGCACCCAAAUUGUCUAGAACACCACCAAAUGCUACUGGAAAAAAAUUACCACCAAAACAUGGGGAACAUACAAUAGAAAUUUUAUAUGGUCUUGGAUACAACAAGAGUGAAAUAGAUGAAUUAAUCAAUAAAGGAUGUGUUUAUGCUUUAAAAAAAUCAAAUUUAUAGAUGCUAAUUACAUUUAACUUAAGGAAUUGUGAUAUAGUGAUAUGGUGAUAUGUAUAGAAUUAAGGGUAAGUGUUAUUUAAGUGUGUAAAAGUUUUAUCAUGGGUAAGAAAUGUAUUUAAAUAAUGUCAACACAAAUAUGAAUUUAAUUUAACCUUUACAUUUAGGCAUAUUAAUAGUUGAUCAUUAUUUCAACAAAUCAAGAUACAUAUAU